GAUCUCUUACAGUUCUGGCUCUUUAGUCCGUGAAGUUAACCUAUCACAUUUACCUCACCGGUGGACUGCCAUCACUGACCCAGAUAUUAUCAGUCUAGUUAACCUUUGUCCAAACUUAACUUUUCUCGAUAUUAACCGAUGUUCUGCUCUUCAAGAUUCAACUUUAACACAUAUUGCAAGUAUUUUAGGUUCUCAUCUCACCACCCUAAUAGUAUCUCAGUGUCCCAAAUUUACUGAUAGAGGGUUUACUGCUUUAGCUCGUUCUUGCAAAGCACUUACUUCUUUGGACUUUUCUUUCACUGAUAUAACUGAUAAAGCUCUUUCUGAGAUAGCUGUUACGUGUCCGACAAUAAGAUGGAUAAAUUUAAGAAAUUGUGAUGGUGUGACUGAACUGAGCUUGGAUGAAUUAAAAAAAUGGUGUAAAGAAUUAAAAUUUUUACAAUUAGAUGUUGACUGA